CUUAUUCUAGGGUUUAAGCAGGGGUUUUUCGUUUUACGCGGUCAUGGUUUAGAGUUGAGAGUUGAGAGUUGAGAGUUGCAGUCACUAAUUUUGGCUUCCCGUGUCUCUCUUUUCUACUGCGCCGCAUAUAACCGCUGUGCUUCACCAAGAAGAAACUAUGAAGCACAACGUUCAACUAUUGAACAGUAAUGGAUUCGAUAUGGAAGAUUCUGAUCCUGUUGUUUCUGAGUCUGAGUCUGAGUCGGACGAAGAUGGGGAUGUGAAGUUAAGUGAGCCUGCAAAGACUGCUGUGUAUAACAAAGCUGGCUUGCUCGAUAAACUUGGAGAUAUCUGCUGGCCAGAAAGUGUUGAAUGGAUGCACAAGUUGUCGCUUGAUAUUGAUCAAGAGAACGAGGUGAGUGUGAAUGAUGAUCUCAAUAGGGAGCUAGCUUUCUACACUCAGGCACUAGAGGGGGCAAGGCGGGCGUUUACAAAAUUCCAGUCCAAGGAGGUGGACCUGCCUUUCCUCAGGCCAAUCGAUUACUAUGCUGAAAUGGUAAAAUCGGAUACACACAUGGAGAAGGUGAAGAGCCGCAUCUUGGCAGAGAAGAGAAAGAUGGAGGAGGCCGAGGAGAGAAGAAAGGCUAGGGACAACAAGAAGUUAGCCAAGGAAAUACAGGUGCAGAAGCAGAAGGAGAGGGCUAAGCAAAAGAAGGACGACAUAGAAUCUGUCAAGAACUGGAGAAAGCAGAGGAAGCAGAGUGGAUUUGCUGCCGAUGAUAAAGAUGGCGACCUGAGCUUAGCUUUUGAAGACGGCAAAGCAUUUCAGAGAUCGAAUAAGAAGAGGCCAGGAGUUGCUCCUGGAGAUCGGUCUGGAGGUAAGGGGAGACUAGACGGGGGGAAGUGGAACAAGGGAUCUGAUAAAAAGAUGAAGGGCAGAGAGCGCAAGGACUCGAAAUACGGAUUUGGAGGGAGGAAAGGAAUGAAAAAGCAGAACACGGCUGAGACCACGGAGGAUUUCAGAGGUUAUCGACAAAGUAAUAAGAAACAAAAACUACGAGCUAAAUGAGUUGGAGCCCAAUGUUUUUGGUACUGUGAUGAUGCUGAUGAACUUCUUGCCCAAUGUUUUUGGUACUGUGAUGAUGCUGAUGAACUUCUUGUGGCUAGUUUAGCUUCUAAUUUUUGCUAAGACAGUUGGAUUCCUUGUCUUUUGAAGCUAGAUUACUUUUUCAUUGUGGCAA